UUGCAUUGAUCUAUGCAACGCUGUUAUAAGCUCUAGUAGUAUUCUUGCCAAGAGAAAACUGUCAUCGAGUGCCGACUGACAUCGCCGUCAAACUGGUGAUUCACGAGCCAAACCUUGCAAACAUGUCUCAGGAAUCAGACACUCGCUCACAAGCUUCUUUGGCUCCCGCCGCAGAGAUCAUAAUUCCAAGUACGCCACCGCGGCGAUCCAUUCUUUCAGCAUCCCCAGAUUUACGGCCCGUGCGAGACAAUAAUGAUGGCCUAUCAAGCAAACAUGGCGGUGCUUUUUGCUCACCGCAGCCAGCAUCAUCGUCAGAAAUGACACCGCCUCCGUCAUCUCAAGUGCAGGCACCUCGUCGUCGAUCCCGCACUCGCACUCGCACUCGCUCCCUAUCUGGAUCAGGGCCCCACGUGGUGAUUCCAGCGUCUCCUCCUAACGAAUCACUAGAAAAAUCACUUUACGCUGCUUAUGGAGCGGCCGAGAACUUGCCCACCGUUGAGGAAAUCAACACGGCAAGUGAAGCCCAGCUCAGGACGAUAGCUAAAGAUCUCCUGGGUGUAGCACAAGAAGCCCGAAUGUCCGCUUUACACUUCAAAUUACAGAAUAGCCUGCUAUCUUUUACGAGCAGCGAAGCCAUCAAAAGAGCCGAAGUCGAACAGCAACUGGCUCGAAGAGAAGUCGAAAUUAUUCAAAGCUCAGAAUAUCAAAGCCGUCGUGGGAUUUCAAUAUCGCAAACGCCUCGACUAUCCCCUAGUCCGCAGUUGGAUGCCUCCUUAAAGCGGAUCGACGAAUUGGAGCGUACUAAUGCGAGAUUAGAGGAGAGGUUGUCAAAUGCCAAGAAACUCAUUAGGGAAAAAAUGGAUGAAGGAAACGACAAGAACGAGUCACUUCGUGCAGAAAACGACCUUUUGAAGAAGCGUAUUAGAGAUAAUCGCGAGCAUUUGACGCGUCUUCUUGAUUCCGGCUCAUUAGCAUCUACCCCUCGUACCGAGUUUCAAACUCCGCAAAGGAAGUCUCAAGCUAGAUUUCCCGACAGUUCUCGUGCGCAUUCGAGCAACCGCGGUGUCAGCCAUGACGCCUUUGCUACUCUGCUGGCUGCUGAUCGUGUGCUGCAUGGUGAUUCCACAAACGUGUCGCCGGCGAGAGCUCGGCAGCCAAAACAUCAUCAUGGUAUUUCGCACGUGCGAGGGACUCAUUCAAUGUCUUCUCUUCCAAUGACCCCUCAACGAUCAAAUCAUGUUGAUAAUACGCAAUACAUCACUCCUGGCAGCCGGCCGCGGGAGAAUAUCAUACAACACACUCCUGAACAACGAAGUCGAGGAGAAAGAAAUCGCCACGAUCGGGACAGCACAAUAUCUGCCUCUGAUGCAGAGGAAGCUGUUACCGACGAUGACCUCCCGGCUUCUCAGGCUAGCUCGCUAGCGACCAGCAUGCUUCGUCGUCUACCAGAAACAAGUCAAAAGGAACUACCAGCAUCACAGAAUCUUGGUAAAGCCAAUACCCUAUUCCAAACGAAGCUGUUUGGCCAAGUGAGAAAAGUAGGCACUGAAAGACCCGAUUCUACUUCACAAAAACGCAAAAGGUCUUUUGAAGAACUAGGUCCAGUGUUGAAGAAGCCCAAGGACGUCGGCCUCGGUAUUGAGUCGUGGAAGGUUUCGCCGGCAUGAUCUGAAAAGCGUUUUUUCUUCUCCUACAGCCUAUCCUGUGAAUUUGCUACAUCUUAUGAAGAUAGGUUUUUACUGCAAAUAAUUACGACUGAUGAUGAUGAACAUACAAACGGAAU